AUGACUGUGAGUGUCUCAUGGCCCAACUGGUUUCCAGCCCAAUUGACUGACCUUCCUCGGCCCAUGCAGUCCCGAUUGAUGCCAUCCGCCAGCGCUGGCCGGCGUUGGGUCUUGCUGCGCGGUUCUGUCGCCAGCUCUGUCGCUAGAACGCAACAGCGCCGGAACUUCGCCUCCACUGGCGUCUUCUUCUCGCAAGCCUUUCACUCCCAGCUAGAAGACCCCGACACAGCCGCGGUUUUCUCCUCCAUGCAGGCCUCCAAGGCCGUGCCGCAGACCCUUACCGAAAAGAUUGUCCAGCAGUACUCCGUCGGGCUCGCCAAGGACAAGUUCGUCAGGUCGGGCGACUAUGUGACCAUCUCACCUCACCGGUGCAUGACGCACGAUAACUCGUGGCCGGUGGCCCUGAAGUUCAUGUCUAUCGGUGCCUCCAAACUUCACAACCCGGACCAGAUUGUCAUGACCCUCGAUCACGACGUGCAGAACAAGUCCGAGAAGAACCUACAGAAAUACCAGCAGAUCGAAGACUUUGCCAAACUACAUGGCGUCGAAUUCUACCCGGCCGGACGCGGAAUCGGACAUCAAAUUAUGGUAGAAGAGGGUUUCGCUUGGUAA